AUGAGGAGCUCUUCCCGCUGUGAGAGCUACUGCGCUCCUCCCCUGUGCUACCUCCCCUGCCUCCCCAAAUCCAAAGACGAUGCGGGCGGUGACCCGAAGUCCGCGUCCCCGAGCCCCGCCGCUGUCGCCGAGGACAAGCCGCCGGUGGUCCAGAAGAUCGAGGAAUCUGCGGCGGCGGCGGCGACCGGCUGCGAUGGCGUCGGCGAUGAUGACAAGUGCUAUAGGGAGGUGGCGGUGGCUCCCAAGAGUUGCUUGAAGAGGGCUAAUUGCGAGGACAGCAGCAAGAUUGCGGCGAAAGGCAAUGUGAAGUGGAGGGAUUUGCUGGGGAAGGAUCUCACACAGGUCAAAGAAUUCGAGCCAAGCGAAUCUGGAGACUCGGACGACGAAGAAUACGCCGGCACCUGCGCCUGUGUGGGCACAAUUGCUACUACCACUCUAUGGGCUGGGCUGGACUGGACUGGACUGGGCCUGAUCCAACCCGAUGACACCGGCCUUGCUGGGCUGGGCAUUUUGGCCUAA